AAAACCGGAUUCUACCGACUCAAUUUAUUUAUUUAUUAAUAUUAUGAAUUAUAUCACACUAUCUUGGCCGAAUAUUAUAUCCAAGAAGUGGUUAGAUUAGGGUUUCAUAGCUUGCUCUCUUCAAAUAUCAACCCAACAUCUUCAUUCAAUUCAUUCUGUCAUCAUCCCCUUGAACUCUAGCAGCCGUCACACACUACACCUCCACCAUCGGCGAGUAAGUUUCAAUCCUUCCAUGAAAGCUUCUUAAUAUCAAAAAAUGUUCAUGGAACCUUCUUCUUUAUCGCAACAUCUUCAUGAGGUUUUCGGAAGCAGAGGGUUAUUUGCAGACAUGGAAGGAGAUAGAAAACCUAUGCUUUUGUAUUUCACUGGUAAAACCCUAAACACCCACUCCUUUUGCAGUCUUUCAAAUCCAUCCAAGUGCUACUCUAUUUGGAAUACAGAUCCAGAAUUGAAGGAGUCCAAACUUCUAACCAUACAACAUGGUUGGUAUCUUUGGCAAAACAACAUAUCAAACUAUGUUAGUAACUUGUUUCUUUGGAAUCCUUCUAACCUUAACAAAAUCAUUCUCCCACCACUUCAACACAAUGACACUAUUUCUAGUUAUUGCAUUUUGUCAUCCCCUCCAUCUGUAAAUCAUCAAACGUGUUCCAUUUAUUUAUUUUCAUCACACUCCCCUUCAAUAUUCUACUGUCAACUUGGAGAUCAACAAUGGACUAAAGUGUGCUUUUAUAACCAAAUUGUGAGAGUUUUAGCCACGCGGGGAAUAUCUCCUUUGGAGGGAAGGAAAACCUUUUUUAUGAACCCAGUUUACUGCAACGGUUGCGUGUAUGCAAGAAUGUGUUGUAUUAUAGUAGUUAUUCAGAAACUUCAACCUAAUCGCUUUACAAUAAACUGCACACCUGAUAUCAUAAAAGAACCACCACCGACUUACUUGGAGCAACUUAUUAUAAUACGCCUGAUUGCAUGCAACAAUGUAUUAUAUCUAAUUAAAAUUUUCAAAAUGCUAGGUCGGGUUAGUGCAGUUUAUGUUCACAAAUUUGAUUGUUCUCAACAAGUGUGGGAAAAAGUGGAAAGCCUCAAGGAUAAAAACUUCUUUGUAUCUAGUCUUAAUUCAGCCUUUGCUUGUCAAGCAACCAAUCCAGAAGGAGGCCGUAUCUACAUCGCCCUAUCGAACUACAAUUUUGUCUUUAUUUACAACAUUGAAGACAAUUGUAUUAUGAUUUCUCAACCUUUCUCCAAUUUAUCAAAAAAACGGUCUAAUUCAAGAUGGGUCAUGCCAGAUACGAGGAUGGCUGAUAAUUUCAAACAAGAAAUUGGAAAAUUUCAUCAAAUUAGAGAAAAGAAAAGUAUAUGUGAUGCAGACAAAUUAAAGGAUGCUGAGGAUAAAGCUAACAAUGUAUCUGUACUUUCUCAAGACAUGGUUCAAGUGAUUGCAAAACAUAUUAAUGAUGUGCUUGAUUAUUUGCAUUUUCGAGCUUCUAAUAAAUUCUUUCUUCUAGCCGCACCACAUAUUCAAUGGAGAUCAUCUUCUUCAAUGUCAAGGUUUGAUGAUCACUCCAUGUGUCCUUUAUUUGUGUUCUCAAACGAAAAGGUCUUCACUUUUGUCAAUCCAAAGCAUGGCCUCGACUACAAAUACAACAUAAACUUUCCUCAAUAUUGGAGCUUGAACUCAAAAAUUUGUUGUUCAAAAGAGGGUUGGCUAUUACUGGUGGCAGUUGACAAUAAUAGAGAAUCUCAAGGUUUCUUCAAUCCCUUUACAAAACAAGUGCUACCACUUCCAAUUGGGGAAAAACCAAUCAUGAAUAACAGGUGUGUUGGCAUGUCACAUUCUCCGACCUCUUACGAAUGUGUUGUCGUUGAGUAUGAUAAAUUAUCAUCAUCGGAUCCCAUGGAGACGGUAUGUGUACAUCGCCUUGGGGACAACUUUUUUGGCCUUUUCUCAUUUGAAGAACGAAAACUUUCUCUCUGCAACGUAAGUCCCGUUUUUCACAACGGAUCAUUUUACUUUCUUACCAUAACAGGAAAGUUAGCAGUAUUACAAGUAACAGGAGAAAUAUAUACUUGGAAACAACUUGAGGAGCCUGAAUCUCCAUUUGGCCAUAACUUCAACAACUUUCUAGUUGAAUGUGAUGGCAAUUUAUUGGCCGUAUUGAAGAAUGAUUUUGCAUAUGAAGUUGAAGUUUUCAAGUUAAAUGAAUCUACGAUGACAUGGGUCGAAGUUGAAAGUCUCGAAAAUCACAUGAUUUUUAUUGGUAAAACAUCAUUUUCUGCUGUGGCAAGCAUUCCUGGAAUGGAAAACAAAAUUUAUUUUCCUAGAUUUUAUGAGCAGAGUAUUGUGUUUUAUUCUUUAGAAACAAACAAGUACCACACAUUCCAACAUGAUCAAGUGGUAGAUUUUCAUCAUUGGAGAGAGCACUUGAAUGGUACUUGGAUUCAGCCAAGAUGGGAUUAAGUUUAAGCUCUCAA